AUGAGGAAGGCGCUCGAUGAAUGGCAGGGAGGAAUCACCAUUGAUGGCAUCAAAAUCUGUAACCUACGUUACGCCGAUGAUACGACACUAAUCGCUGCGUCAGAAGAAGAAUUGAUCAGUCUCAUACGUAGAGUUGAAGCGACGAGCAACGAACCGAUAAUUGCCCGAAAUUUCGUAGCGACCAUGUUCAUCAACAUGUGGCGACGAAAGGAAAACAUUUUAAAGCUAAAAUGGCGUCUCGCCCAUGAGCAAAUCGAGACCGACAUAAGGCAGGUUCACGCGGACACGACGAAAUACGCGCGCCGCAGCCCCAUCACGGAUGAGAUAGAGCCGUUCACCCCGAGAAUGUUUAUCGUUUUGAGGUUCGCGGUGACGCUCGUAACGUGCGGAUUUCUGAUCGCGAUAGUGAUCGCGGCCUUGUUCGUCAUAAUAGUGAUUAAGCUUUACGCGACUGCGUGGUGGGAACAAAGCCGGAUCGACUUUUUCGCUUCAAACAGCUGGACGAUAUCGAUGGUCCUCGGGAGCGUCCUCCAAGUCUGUUUUAUUAAACUGUUCUCAAAGGUGUACGGCCCUGUAUCGAUACGACUCACCAAUCUCGAAAACCCACGCACCCAAACGCAGUUCGACAAUUCCGUCUUGUACAAGCGAUAUCUGUUGGCGUUCGUCAAUAACUACGCCCCGCUUUUCUACAUCGCGUUCGUGCAGGGAAGGCUGUACUCGACACCCGAUCGCGUCCACAACGUGGUAGAGAAGGACGUUUGCCAACCAUUCAAUUGCAUCACCGUGCUCUGCAUCCAGUUGGGGCUCAUACUGACGCUCAAGUCGCUGGCCGGCAACGUGCUGAACUUGGUGUUGCCGCUGACGAAGAGACGAUUCCAAAAGUGGUUCGCGAAGCAAACGGGGCCGCGUCAAGUGCUGCCCCGGUGGGAGGAGGAGUACCACAUGACGCCCGCCGACCGAUACGUUUUGACCACAGAGUUCACAGAAAUGAGUACGCCUAAUUAA